AUGUUCUCGGUGCAGGAGGCGCUGCCCCGGGGGGGGGUCCCCAUGAAGGAGGAGCCGCUGAGCGCGGGGCUCCCCGCCGGCCGCUGGCUGCAGGGCACCGGCAUCCUGGACGCCAGCACGGCGGCGCAGAGCGGGGUGUCGCUGGCCCGCGCUCACUUCGAGAAGCAGCCCCCGGCCAACCUGCGCAAGUCCAACUUCUUCCACUUCGUGCUGGCCAUGUACGACCGCCAGGGCCAGCCCGUGGAGGUGGAGCGCACCUGCUUCAUCGACUUCGUGGAGAAAGAGCGGGAGCAGAACGGGGAGAAAACCAACAACGGGAUCCACUACCGGCUGCAGCUGCUCUACAGCAACGGGCUCCGCACCGAGCAGGAUUUGUACGUGCGCCUCAUUGACUCCAUGUCCAAGCAGGCCAUCAUUUACGAGGGGCAGGACAAGAACCCCGAGAUGUGCCGGGUGCUGCUGACGCACGAGAUCAUGUGCAGCCGCUGCUGUGACAAGAAGAGCUGCGGGAACCGCAACGAGACCCCCUCGGACCCCGUCAUCAUCGACAGGUUUUUCCUCAAGUUUUUCCUCAAGUGCAACCAGAACUGCCUGAAGAACGCCGGGAACCCGCGGGACAUGCGGCGCUUCCAGGUGGUGGUGUCCACCACGGUGCACGUGGACGGCCACGUCCUGGCCGUGUCUGACAACAUGUUCGUCCACAACAACUCCAAGCACGGCCGGCGCGCCCGGCGCCUCGACCCCUCCGAAGCAGCCACCCCCUGCAUCAAGGCCAUCAGCCCCAGCGAGGGCUGGACCACAGGCGGUGCCACCGUCAUCGUCAUUGGGGACAACUUCUUCGAUGGCCUCCAGGUGCUCUUCGGCACCGUGCUGGUGUGGAGCGAGCUCAUCACCCCCCACGCCAUCCGCGUGCAGACGCCCCCCCGGCACAUCCCGGGGGUCGUGGAGGUGACAUUGUCCUACAAGGCCAAGCACUUCUGCAAGGGCGCCCCGGGACGCUUCGUCUACACUGCCCUGAACGAGCCCACCAUCGAUUACGGGUUCCAGCGGCUGCAGAAGGUGAUCCCGCGGCACCCCGGGGACCCCGAGCGCCUGCCCAAGGAGGUGCUGCUAAAGCGCGCGGCCGACCUCGUGGAGGCGCUUUAUGGGGUCCCCCACAGCAACCAGGACGUGCUGCUGAAGCGGGCGGCCGACGUGGCCGAGGCGCUCUACAGUGUCCCCAGGGCCCCCGCGCAUGUCACUGUCCCCUCCUUCGGCGGGGGACAGCUCGGCCUUGCCAUGGGCGACUCCCCGCAGGGCUCCGAACAAGGGUUCUCGCGCAGCCCCGGGACGCCCCCGGCGCGGGGGUUCGGCCCCCCGGGCUCGGCCCCCCAGCCCGGCUUCGCCGGGGCCACCGGGGGCUUCGGCGGGGCCACCAUGGCAGGCCUGGGGGUGCCCGGGUCCCCUCCGAGCUUCCUGAAUGGCUCCACCGCCACCUCCCCCUACGCCAUCCUGCCCGCCAGUCCCCCGCUGGGCGCCUCGUCCGUCGCUGUCACCUCGGGCGCGGGCACUGCCACCUCCUCUCCGGGUGGCUUCUCCUUCUCCCCGGUGACGAUGAUCUCGGCCGUGAAGCAGAAGAGCGCCUUCGCCCCCGUGCUGCGCCCGCCGGGGUCCCCCCCGCCCGCCUGCGCCAGCGCCCUGCAAGACCCAACUUUCGAGGACUCGGACAAAUUCCACGCUCCGGCGCGGCCGCUCCAGGGAUUGGCCUAUUCCUAAGGACGGCGUCUCCGGAGGGGCUCCAGACCCCCCAUCCCACCGGGACAAGGACUGGGGACAUCCCUGCCCCCUCCCCUCGGAGCUGGGCGGAGCCGCCAGGCCCAGCGGGAUGAGGGGACCCG